GCGGGGCGGGGCGGGGUCGUUGCAUGUCCGAGCCGGGCGGCCCGGCCGGGGCACGUGGGGUGGCACCGGCACCGCUCCGGACCGGGCCCGGCACCGCUCCGGGCUCCGCCGCCGCCUCGGAACAUCCGUGUAACUGCUGAAGCUCUGUAAGAUGGCUUUACGCUUCCGCAAUUUCGUCCCCUAUGCCAUUCCUGGAGUGCUGGCACUUCUUGGCUGCUGGUGGAUCUAUUCCUGGAGAAAAAAGCACUCAGGCUAUUGUAACCAACAAGCGAUAGCCAUCGAAAGGGAGAAGCAGGAAGCAGUACCAGGGGGUGAUUCACGUCCCAGAGCAGAAGCACGUGUUCCUCACAGACUGCCUCUUGUGUCGGAAGAGGAGUGCCUGGAGAAGCCAGCCCACACCUCCCCGCUGUCCGCGGGGCUGACGACGCCCUCUCCCCUGCACCCAGCUCACGAGAGGCCGGAUCUCUCACGGGACCUCCCAGAGCUGUCGGCAGCGACAGCCGGGCCCUGCAUCCGAGAGGACGACAGUGAAAAGCUGGAAUCGAUAGGAUCUCGAGAGGGGAGCGCCGUCCCUGCUCGUGCCUCGCGCCCUCUGCUCUCUGAGAGCACGGAGUGUGACCAUGGAGUGCUGAGCCACGCACUGGGGCAAGGCUCGGGGGCAAACCAAGGCCAGCAGCCACCCCUGGCACCGGAGUCUUUGGGAGUCAGGGAGGACAUCAGCAGCACAGAGCAGUCGGAUGAGUCUUCCUUUGAGCCCCCCAAGGAGAAGCAGAUGCCAGGAAUUGUGCAGCCGCAUACUGGCUCUGUGACAGCCUGUUGCUUGGGUUUGGAGAAAGAAGCCAGUGCCCCGCAAGCCUUUCUCAAUGAAGCUGAAGUUGUAUCGGGUCACGAGGAUUCUGCAGUGAGUGUGUUACUAGGGAGUUCAGAGUCUGCCUGUCCAAAGCAGUCCAGGGAAGAAGACGUGUCCGGGUCAAUCACUGGUAUUAUACCAGUAUGUCAGAAGGACACACAACCAGAAGGAGAUGAGCUGGAAAGAGAUAAUAUGGGAGGAGUGAGUUUGGACAAGGAAGUUGAGAAAAUUGAGCAAGUAGCAAUACAGAUAAUUUCCAAGGUCAUUUUGGCAGCAACUGAGGAAGUGCUGUCGGGUUCUGCAGGCGAUGCAUCCCCUUGGCUCUGCCAGGCCACUGGCAGCCGAGCUGAGGCUCCUCUGGGGGUGGACAGUGUUGCUGCCUCUGGUCAGGUGCCUGUGGAGGGAGCCACAGCAGCUGAUGAGAGCGUGGCUGCAGGGAGUGGUGCAGAGGAGCAGGGUCAGGGCGUGACAGAUUGUUCAUCACGUGGUUGUUGGGCCAGCCCUGUUCAGGAGAACACAAAGGACUGUGGGGUGAAGAGCCAGGCGUGCAGGGAGUCCCCAGGAGUUGAUCGGACUCAUGUGGAGAACUCUCUGGAAAAGUCGCCUUUAGCCAUGGAGGACUCAGGGUAUGGCACAUACACACCCAGAGGUGAGAUGAGUGUAGAGGAGCCCCUGCAGAGCACAGUGCUGUCUGUCACAUCAGACCAGCACUUGGACUCACUGAGCACAUCCUCGGCCCCAGACACAUCUGCUGAGCAGAGCUUGGUACCAGGAGAGAGCCCCUCUGCUCUGGGGCUGCCCGAGGGCAGCACAGUGCCCUACAGCAAUGGGAUCCUGAGAGAGGAUGGGCCAGACCUGAGUCAGGAGUGCAGCAGCGCACCAGGGACGGAUGGAGAUCACUCGGAAGGUUCAGAUGUAAAUAGUGUGGAUUUUGUGGACAGUGGCAGUGCCGUGAGGAAGACAGUGGCUCCCCAGAACGCGAAGUUGGAAGGAGGAUCCAGCAAGCCAGACUUUGUUAUCUGGGAAAUCGAGGUCCCAAAGGAAUUAGUUGGCCGCUUGAUUGGCAAGCAGGGGAGGUUUAUGAGCUACCUGAGGCAAGCGUCUGGUGCCAAAAUUUAUGUCUCAACACUACCGUAUUUCCGUGACUCCCAAGUCUGUCACAUCGAAGGGACCUCACAUCAAAUAGAGAAAGUCCUGAGCCUGAUUGGCAAGAAGUUCAAAGAGCUGUGUCUCACCAACAUCUACACCCUCCCUCCGCCAAUGCCGCUGCCGCUUCACUCCCUGCUCGUGUCCGCCUGGCUGUUCCUCCCCGAUGGAGUCACUGUGGAGGUGGUGGUGGCACACCAGGUGGAUGCAGGGCACAUGUUCCUGCAGCAGCACACGCACCCCACGUUCCACGUGCUGCGCAGCCUUGACCAGCAGAUGUUCGCCUGCUACUCUCAGCCUGAAAUUCCAACCCUGCCCACUCCAGUAGAAGCUGGUAGUAUCUGUGCAGCUCCAGGCCUGGAUGGGGCAUGGCUCCGGGCUCAAGUCAUCAAUUACUUCGAGGAGACCAAUGAGGUGGAGCUCAAAUACGUGGACUAUGGAGGAUAUGAUAAAGUGAAGGUUGACACACUCAGGCAAAUCAGGUCUGAUUUUUUAACACUACCUUUCCAAGGAGCAGAAGUUUUACUUGACAAUGUGGUGCCACUUCCAGAUGAGGAUCACUUUUCCCCGGAGGCUGACGCCACUGUCAGUGAGAUGACCAGAGGUGCUGUCCUCAUGGCACAGGUGACAAAUUAUGACAGUGUCACAGGGCUGCCCCUGAUACAGCUGUGGAACUUGAUGGGAGAUGAGGUGGUGUCAAUAAACAGAACUCUGGUGGAAAGAGGGUUUGCUCGGUGGCUCGACUACUAGCAAUGUCCUAGAUGCCUUGACAACUCUUUCUGCAGUGAAAAAAACAAAAGACAGAAUCUUGUUUUGCACUGUUACAAUUUGGUUUGGCAACUUCCCCCGAGGAGACCCGUUCACACCUGCCUUCGGAGUUUUGUGGUCCAUUGAAACACAUUUUGCUCAGCUGUUACCAUUUCACUAGAACAGAUACCUCAUCUCCUGAAAGGGGGUGUUCAAAGCCAUAAUGACAGAUACUGUAACUUUAAAGCAAAAAAAUCCUCCCUGGCCUCUGCUCAAAAUUUAAAUGGAAAAAAAAUCUAAAAGCCUUGGGGAGUUAACAGCACUUUGGUUCCAGCUGUGUUGUGCCCCAUGAACUCAGUGUCUGCUUUCCCCAAAAGUUACAUCGGUUGUCCUCUUUUUAACAGGCCCUGCCUAUGAAAUUAAUGAAUGUUAUUAAGUAAUUUAAUGUUCAGUUAUGGAUUUUUCUGUAUUGUGCCAGUAACCUGCACAAACAGCAUCCAUCUUGUGUCUUCCUUGCACCAGGAGGUGGAGGAGUUGUGUUCCCAUGUCUCACUGCAGUCAUGGAUUUUAGGCUUGAUCUGCUCUCCCUGCAGGGGCUUAGAGUGCAGGAUGUUACCACUACAAUUUUUGCUCUGAAAUGUUAUAUAUUUAAAGAAAAGAAACUACUUGCCAAGCCCAAUUGUAGUUUAUAUUUUUCUAGCUGUGCAAGUCUGUAAAUAUAUAUAAAAAAAAAUCAUUGUAAUAUUUUGUACAAGAAAAACACUGGAAACAAAGGGAACUUUACAGAAACUUUUUCACACCAAAAUGUCCUAUAUAGGUAGAACUGGUAUGGAGUGCAGUAGGGUAGCCAAAUUAUUUGGAGCAUCUGAAUGUUGGGAGUGUUUCAGCUCUGCUGUAUGAGGAUUAGUGUCCCCUUAGGUUGCUGUCUGGUUGAAAUUGUGAUUGCUACAUCCUUUGCUAUGUUGCUGUACAGAUCUGUUUAAAAAAAAAAAGUAACAACUUGGCAUUACUCUUGCAGUGGUGUUCUCUCUCAUUUUUUUUGUUGCUCCUUUUUAGAUUUCUAUUGCGUAUUUAAAAUUUUGCUCAUGUAAUUUAAGCUGACUUAAUGCUCUUAAAGACAUGCCCUCUAAUGUGUAUCAUUUUAGAUAUGGAUUGAGCUGGGAUUUAUUGCUAGCAGAGAAGACACUUGCCAAAAAUUGUUGAUGUAGUCAGUCCUCAGAAGCUGCUUCAGGUGAUUCAAGGAUGUGCUCACAUCCUGUG